AUGAGCUUGGCUGAUUCACAACCAGGAGGAUCAAAUGGAGCAGACAGGCUAGCCUUAUUGGCCUUCAAGGGUCGCAUAUCCAACGAUCCCUUCCAUGUUGUGAGCUCUUGGAAUGAGUCUGUCCCCUAUUGCGAGUGGUCAGGCGUUAUAUGUGGUGGUCGCCUACAUCCAAACAGGGUCAGAGCCUUGCAUUUAUCAUCCAGUGGAUUGGUAGGAUCCUUGGCUCCAGAAAUAGGAAACCUCAGUUUCCUUCGAGAGAUUUCUCUCUUCGACAAUAGCUUCCAUGGUGAAAUCCCUCAUGAAGUAAGCUUUCUGUCCAGGCUUCGUUAUUUAAUACUAUUCAACAAUUCAUUUGAAGGGGAAAUCCCACCCAACAUAUCACAAUGCUCCAACCUUAUACAACUCCGUUUUGCUUACAAUAAUAUUGUGGGGAAAAUUCCAGAAGAAUUUGGCACCUUGUCAAAGCUUCAAUUUCUUUCAUUCCAUUUCAACAGAUUAACUGAUCAAAUUCCACAUUCCUUUGGGAAUCUUUCAUCCCUUGACACUAUUUCCGGAGCAUCCAAUGAUUUAAGUGGAAGUAUUCCAGAUGCCCUUGGCCAAUUGACCAGAUUAAUCUUUCUUGGGCUUGGAGGUAAUAAGUUGUUUGGUACUAUACCUCCCAGUGUAUAUAAUCUUUCCUUACUUGGUGCUUUUAGUGUCGAAAUUAAUCAACUUCAAGGGAGUUUUCCACCAAAUUUGGGCUUAUAUUUUCCUAAUCUAUGGCGGCUUUCAGUUUUUGAAAAUCAGUGA